AUGGUGUCUGCCGUUCAAGACCUAAUAGACCCGGACUUUGACCCACUGACGGCAAUACUGGACGACGAGCCCCGGUUUUUAAAACCCUUGCCGGCUCGCAUAUCCCCAGAAGACUUAGAGUUCUUACGAUUUCGUGGUGCCGUCUCAAUUCCAGAGAGUGGGUUGCGGGAUGAGCUUCUGCGCUGCUACAUCCAAUGGGUACACAGUUUCAUGCCAGUUUUGAACCUGCAAGAGUUCUUACGCUGUGUGGCUGAAAAUGACCCAGAGGGAAAUGUUAGCAUCUUACUAUUUCAGGCAGUCAUGUUUGUUGGUACGGCUUUCGUCGACCUUAAGCACCUGCAGGAUGCUGGGUAUUCAACCCGGAAAAGUGCGCGUAAUGCGUUCUAUACUCGAUUAAGGUUACUCUAUUCUCUCGACUGCGAAGAGGAUCGCAUCGUGAUUCUCCAAGCACUCCUAUUGAUGACCUACUGGGCUGAUUCAGAGAACAGCCCACAGCGAGAUAUAUGGGAUUGGAUUGGAGUAUGUAAUACACAAGCACAGUCAAUCGGUUUGAACAAAGACCCUGCAUCAGAUGAAAUUGAUAUACGGACUCAACGGCUCCGUUCUCGGCUCUGGUGGUGUCUGUACUCUCGAGAUCGGCUGAUCGCCAUGGGUAUGCGGCGCCCGCUUCAGGUUAAUGAUGGAACGAGCAGUGUUCCAAUGCUCAGAAUGGAUGAUUUUGAUUUUGAACCUUUCUCUCCAUAUGUGGUGGCUAAGUUCUGUUGCCGUCAGCUCCAAGAUGUGUCACAUCAGAAACGCCUCGCCACCCUGUUCAUCGAGAAGGUGAAGCUCUGUCAAUGUAUUGGUAGGGUAUUAUUCGCACAAUAUACACCAUCUCAGUGCCGAUUUGGUGCCACAGACCGAACCACAGUCACACUUAUCCCUCGACAGGCUUCCGAGUCUGAGUUUGCGCGAUGCGGCCAAAAGCUCGACUCUUGGCUUAGUGCCCUCCCUAAAGAUGCGCAAUUCAUCCCGAAGUCGGGGAAUACCUUCUAUGACGGUGAAAAUGUGCUGCUGCUUCAUGGUGCGAUGUUACGUAUGCUCUAUCAUGCUACCAGCAGUGCACUUCACCGACCUCGGGCGACUGCUUUGAAAGAUCAAUCUAAAUCGCGGACGGACUGGCGCAAUGCUGCCCGUACAAAAAUGAACGAUGCUGCCGCGGGGAUCACACAUAUUAUUCAAGGCCUGAAUCAGCUCAACCUGACAAGGUUUCUACCGCAGUCUGGAGUGACUGUGAUUCUACCUGCCGCUGUGGCGCAUUUGACCAACACCAUGUCCGAGGACCCCGCUGUCCGCGAAAGCAGUGUCGACAACUUUCAUCGUUGUAUCCAAGGCCUUCACUGUCUCAAGGAUAUUUAUCCGGCCGCCAGUCAAGAGUUCGCCAACAUCGAGGCAGCUAUCAAAAUGCAGGCGGGCGCCUCUAGUACAUUCUUCCAAGUCAUGGAAUACAACUUGAAUGCCCCUGCAACGUCUUUGGCGACCAGGAAACCAAGCAAUGUCAAUUCCAUAUUCCAACCCCAAGCACAUCUACCUGCUGUAACCAAGAUCUCGAAGCCGCAAGCACAAACUUCAUCUGCUCAGGGGAAUAUACAUCAUAUUAAGCCCAGCGUCGAAACCACACAUGAACCCGCACCUCCUCUAUUCCCUAAUGACUUCGACUUUGAUUCCGAUCUUGGCAUCAUAGACAACAAUCCUUUCAACUUUAUGUCCAUCGACAUCGACUCCUUCCGUGAUAUUCAAACCCCUCCCAAUCCAAACAACAACCAAGAUAAACCCUAUAUAUCACCCCCGCCCCAAGACCAAGAUACCGUCGACUGGGCACAGGAGCUGUUUCAAGACACUGAUCUGAAUCAGUACAGUAACACAGAAACCUUCCGCGUGCCUGAAAAGGCAACACCUCCACUAGAUCAAGAUCAAAACAAUCACGAUGCGUUCUGUCUUACUUUGAAUGAUACAGAUGACUUUCAUCCAACGCAUUUUCGUCACCAGUCAAUGAAUGAUGCAAGGCCCGAAAUCACUGGCGAUCUAGAUCGGGACUUGGGGUUCGAGUCUGAGGAUGAUAUGUUCUAG